AUGGGCGACCCGAACGAAGUGGACUACCCGUCCUACGAGAAUAUGACGGACGAUGAGUACGAGGAUGUGGUCAGAAGCUACCUAUGGCCUAACCAGCUGGAGUCGUUAUUUGUCGGCAUUUUCUGCGUCGUUUUCCUGGUUGGAGUGAUUGGCAAUACGCUAGUGGUGAUGGUGGUCAUCUCAAAACGGACUAUGUGGUCGUCGAUGAACAUCGUUCUCGCAAACCUGGCCUGCGCCGAUCUGCUCGUCCUCCUAUUCUGCCUCCCGCCCACCGUCAUCAACGACGUCACCAAGACGUUCUGGUUCAGCAACGUCGCCUGCAAGAGCAUCAUCUUUUUCCAGAAUACUUCUGUGUACGUCUCCAUCCAGUCGCUGGUGUUCAUCUCCUUCGAGAGGUGGCGCGCUAUAACUUAUCCUUUGAAGCGACCUAUCCGGGCGACGAGGAAGGUUAUUGCCGGAACCUGGGUGCUCUCCAUCGUGCUCUCCCUCCCCGAACCGAUCACCCUCAACCUCCAGCCCGCCAACUUCACCAAGGAGAACUUUACGACUACGUGGGGCACACGGUGUAUGGAGACGUGGUCGGCCGAUUUCGAGAGGAGAUAUCAGGUCUUCAUGUUCCUCGUCUUCUAUCUGAUGCCACUGCUCCUAAUCUCAUACUUGUGCUUCCAUAUGCGCAACACGCUCCGCUCCUCCGAGUUGAAAAUCGGCAAGCUGCAACUGGCGCACCGACGGAAGGCCAUUCGGAUGCUAAUUGCCGUGGUGGCCGUAUUUGCAUUCAGCUAUCUGCCAGUGCAUUGGUAUCAUUUGAAGAGUGCAUUCGAGAAAGGGCGUGAGGAGGAAGAAGUUGAAGAAGAGGAGAUCGAUAUGAAUUGGAUCGCAUUGAGCAAGCUGACACCGAGGUUCUUCUCCUACUCGAGCAGCUGCCUCAACCCGAUCCUCUACAAUUUCAUGUGCGGCCGCUUCCGAAAAGAGUUUGCACGCGUAGUCUUCUGCCGACCCGUGAAGGGACGCGACAAUACGCUACGCUACACUACGCAACGGCUACACCGCCAGAAUAAUGGGCUCUUCAAUGGAAGAGCCCUAUGCAGCUCGAUCGGUCAUGGUACUCUCGUCAAGAGUACCCUCUCGUCGUCGAUGGAUUCAUUAACGAAGGCA